CGGCGCCCGCCCACACUCCCGGAAGUAGGCGGCCUAGCAAGCGCGCUCCUAGGCGCAAAGCACGCCGGAAGUUGUAGUUCCGCCAUCGGACGGAAGCCGACCGGGGCGUGUGGAGGGAUGUGGCCCGCAAUAUUAGUGGGGGGGGCCCGGGUGGCGGCAUGCAGGUACCCCGCACUGGGGCCUCGCCUCGCCGCUCACUUUCCAGCGCAGCGGCCGCCGCAGCGGACACCCCAAAACGGCCUGGCCCUGCAGCGGAGCCUGCACGCGACGGCGGCCCGGGCUCUCCCGCUCAUUCCCAUCGUGGUGGAGCAGACGGGCCGCGGCGAGCGCGCCUAUGACAUCUACUCGCGGCUGCUGCGGGAGCGCAUCGUGUGCGUCAUGGGCCCGAUCGAUGACAGCGUUGCCAGCCUUGUUAUCGCACAGCUCCUCUUCCUGCAGUCCGAGAGCAACAAGAAGCCCAUCCACAUGUACAUCAACAGCCCUGGUGGUGUGGUGACCGCGGGCUUGGCCAUCUACGACACGAUGCAGUACAUCCUCAACCCUAUCUGCACCUGGUGCGUGGGCCAGGCCGCCAGCAUGGGCUCCCUGCUUCUCGCCGCCGGCAGCCCGGGCAUGCGCCACUCGCUCCCCAACUCCCGUAUCAUGAUCCACCAGCCCUCAGGAGGCGCCCGGGGCCAAGCCACAGACAUUGCCAUCCAGGCAGAGGAGAUCAUGAAGCUGAAGAAGCAGCUCUAUAACAUCUAUGCCAAGCACACCAAACAGAGCCUGCAGGUGAUCGAGUCUGCCAUGGAGAGGGACUGCUACAUGAGCCCCAUGGAGGCCCAGGAGUUCGGCAUCUUAGACAAGGUUCUGGUCCACCCUCCCCAGGAUGGUGAGGAUGAGCCCACGCUGGUGCAGAAGGAGCCUGUAGAAGCAGCGCCAGCAGCAGAACCUGUCCCAGCUAGCACCUGAGAGCUGGUCCUCCUCUCCAGAAUCACAUGAAGGGGCCAGAGGCCAGCCAGACCCCCAGCUGGGCCCUGCUCACCCCUUGCUGCUGGGCCCGGAGGGGCCCCUUGAGGAACUUUUAAUUUGCAAGGGUGCCCCCUAUGGACGGGGCAUUCCAGCUGAGACACUGUGAUUUUAAAUUAAAUCUUUGUGGUCUUUGC